AUGCCCAUGGCCGCCCUGUGGUCCCCUGGACCUUGGGUUGAAUUCUUUGCUUUGCUUGCCAGCAUAGUGAGCAGCCUUUGGCUGCUGAAAGUUUGCUCGCCUGUUUCGAAGCUUUUGUCCAGCAGGCAGCUUUGGCACCUGGGUUUAGCAGAUUGCGUUCAUGCAUCUAUCCAGCUGAUGUUCUCAGAGAUUCCGCACGAUGUCAUGUUCUUGGAGCCACCUUCCCUGGAGGUUGCAUAUCGCGUCAGGGCUGCAAUCCACUUCUGCCUGAUCACUCUCUGUCUAGUAGAGGUGCAAAUCGCUGCCACCGUGGCGACCGCCAGCUAUAGAAACUUCAGCAUCGCCACGCGACUGGGUAAAGUGCUUCCCUACAGCUGGCUGGUGGCAGCCUUCUUGGUCGUACUGGACUAUUCAACAUUGAAACAGCACACGAAAGUUCUACGGUCCGGGCAAAUCACCGGUUCAGCUCCAGUGGUGGCUUUAGUUAUGGCAGCUUGCUUUGUCGCCACUUUCACGCUGUAUCUUUUGGCUGUGGUGCAAGUGACACGGAUGAGAUGCAACAACAACGUGGUUUGGAACACAUCCUUCCAGGCUUUAUUGUAUCCAUUGAACUUCACCAUUACCGUUUUCCCAACGUGGUUCAUCCACAAGAACUACUUCAAGGACUCCGGACAUGGACUACACCAUUGGGUUGCCGCCGUGUGCCUUGACAGCAAUGGCUGGAUCAAUGCUCUGACAUAUGGCUAUCAAAGCUUCAAGCUUGGGCCACAGGAUGCCUUUGGAGUCCUGCCAGGCCUUGACGUUUCACUGCUGGAGAAUUCUGAGGCUGUUGGCUUCGAGGUGUCAUGA